AUGAACUGGGAACGGCGACAUUGGUGGCCGUUCGGACUGUGGAAGCUGCUCCUACUAUCGGCAUGGAUAGCUGCCGGUGGCGCUUCCAAACUUGCCGUUGUUCGGAACUUUGCGACCGAUGCCGAGGCAGAGUCCAUAUCCGGGGUGUUCGGGCUCUGGAACGAAACACCGCCCUGCUCCUCCACACCGAUUGAUGCAGAAGUGGACCUAAUCUUGGUCUACAACAGAGUGCUGGAGGAAAGUGCUCUCGCCACAGCGGCUGUAGAGACACUACGCUCUAGAUUCGAGGGUCGGUUGGACCCAUGGGCGACUUGCUUCAGCAGCUUCCAGGUUCAGGAGAUCAAUCUCACGUCCAGCGAGGACAUCUACGAUCGCCGUGGCUACGAGAUUCGGCGGGAUUGGGUGCACGGCCCGAACACUGUCUUUCGCACUCUCCUGCGGAAUUUCAUCGACCGCGCAUGGGGCAACUACAGCCACUUUUAUUUCAUGGAGUUUGAUGCCGUGCCAGUGCGAAGCAACUGGUUGGAUCAGUUCAUUUUGGAGGCGCUGCGCUACCCGGAUGCCGCGAUACGCGGCAGCCACUACCGAGGAGAUACCUGGGACACAUUUCUAAGAAAUAUGCCCAUGGAUCUGCUCUACCACAUCAAUGGCAACGCCAUUUACAACGUACAGCACCCUUGGUUACAGUACCUGCUUGCGAAGUUGGAUGAAGAUGCGGUGCUCGAAGAGGACUCUGGUGUCGCCUUCGAUGUGCUUAUGGCCAACCUUAGUUUUGAAGAAUUCGGUGGAGUGGAGGAUUCGCCUUACAGAGGCGACUCACUUCUGAUCGGAAACUAUGCAAACACGCUUAUCAACACAAGCUUUGAAGGUGUGGAAUUUAUUCGCCAUGGCUCCUCGGAGAACAUUUUCGAGGAGAUCGACGACCAAGAAGUCACGCUGGGAGUCCUCUCCCAACAUCACGACUUCCGCUUCUUUGAGGAGUCUUUGAGGUACGCACACCCCUUCCGGAAGGUGAUCAUCAUGGGCAAGUGGAUCACCAACCAAACGAACUACACCAUCGACACGAUGCGAGGCGAAACGCAGAUCGAGACCCGAAGGGGUACGGGGACUCCUGCGAUGCUGCUUUGCAGACUUGCCUCGCUGGUCAGAACAAGGUACGUGGUCUUCACAGAUACCCACAACAUCAUCGCCAGCCCGAUGUCCAUUCUGGUGGACGCCAGAGGCUUCCCGGUGCUCCCUUACGUGCCAGCCAGCUCUUGGUCUUGCCAGCAGUAUCGGUCCUGCACCUCCGAGUUGGAGGAAGCAGAGCUUUUCUUCGGUGUUCAGCUUCAAUAUCACCACGACACGCAUGAAACGGUCUACUACACAGACCUCUACCAGCAGCACUGUGCGGCCCGGAGCACAGUAUUGCGUGAGCUUCCCAAGUACAGCCAAUGUGGCUAUGUGCACGGACCCACGGCGAACGGCUAUAUCGCCUGGCUCCUCUCGCAGCAAGACACCUUGGCCUUCGACUAUGUGCCCAGGAACAAGCAGCAAGUGGGCUUCAGGUCUUGGGGUACAGCCGUCACUCCUCACCCGGUUGACACGCGGACGUGCUCUGUGUACAAGGAGUCCGACUUCCUGAUGGCGCAGGGCAACAUCUCUUCUUGCGCUGCCAUCUUGGAGGAUCCCGGAGCCUGCCUUGCGGCAAACUGCACCUGGCGUCCCAUUUUCGGGAGCGGCAAGUGUAUCGAUACACCCGAGGUCACCUUCACACUCCGCAUCCCUGAGCUGUACACGACGACAACGACGACGGCCACCGUCACAGCAACUUCCACCGUGUCGACCACUUUGAGCUCCACUUCGAGCUCUUCCUCUACCGGCUCCACUACAGAAAGCUCCACGACGCGGUCGUUGACUUCCACCUCGACACUGUCCUCGACUUCCUCGUCUUCCUCCUCGACGUCCUCCUCGACGAGCACCACGACGACGGAGACCAGUACCACCGUGACCAGCACCACGGUGUCCAGCACCACGGUGAGCAGCACCACGGUUACCACGACCACCGAAACCUUCACGGUGCUUCCGGGACAGUGCCCGCUGCCUGUCGCGGACGCUUCGGUGGAUGUGAUGGAUUGCCUGGGAAAGAUCCCGGGCGAGACGUGCGAGGUUGUCUGCGCAGCGGACUACGAGGGCUUGCCGGCCACACUGACCUGCGGCCAGUCAGAGGUCUUCGAAGGUGAUGUGCCGACUUGCAGCACCACGACCUGGACCAGCACUUUCACAACGACCAUGACGCAGCUGGUCGAGUGUAGUGGUGGUCUGCCUUUGGGGCGAGGCAUUGUCAGUAGCGAUUGCCCUGGCAAGGUCAACGGACAGACCUGUGAGGUGCGCUGCGAUGCAAGUCUCGGCUUUGAGGGGGGCCCAGUGGAGUAUGUGUGCAACCCAAGCACAGGGAUAUUCGAUGGGCCGGGACUUCAGUGUUUCCUCCCCAGCUGCCCGACGGAUGUGCUGCCAACGUCGCUGGACAUCGCAGACUGCGACAAUACGGAGCUUGGCCAAAUUUGCUUCGUCCGUUGCCCGGCCGGCUGGGCUGGUACAGAGGCCGUAUACACUUGCCAGCUGGAGGGCAGCUUCGCCGGGACGGCGCCCGUCUGCCAAAGGCUGGUCUGCAGCGUGGAUAUGCUUCCGCAGGGGCCUGGUUUCGACACCUCUUCCUGCGUGGGCACGCAAUCGGGUGAGUCCUGCAACGUAACCUGCGCACGUGGCUACACGGGCUCAUCGGCAACCUACGACUGCGCCCUGGACGGCGUGUUCUCAGCGGGAAGCAGCGCCGCAUGCGAGCGAAAGGCAUGCCCCGUGCCCGCCUCCAUGGCGGGAGAUCCCUCCUUCUUCACGGACUGCGCCGGGGCGCGGCACGGCGACACCUGCAUGGCCAAGUGCAACCCUGGCUACUCCGGGACCCCUGUCCAAAAGCGUUGCGAUGAUGGCGAGUUUGCCACCGGCACGGACAUCAACUGCACCGCUUUGACCUGCUCUCUGGAGGGAGUUUCCAUCGGUGUCGGCGUAGCUGUGGGGAGCUGUGUGGGAGCUACCACGGGUCGGAGCUGCGAGCUUUCGUGCGCCCGGGGCUACGAUGGCGUGGGCAAUGCUACCAUGUUCUGUGGGAUCGAUGGCAGCUUUUCGCCGCAUUCCUUCGCCUGCGAGCCGACGCAAUGUCAACAACUGGCGCAGAUCCAUCCCUUCUCCAUGCCUCAAUAUGACGACUCCUGUUCGAACCACCUCUUUGGCGACAUUUGUACGGCUUUCUGUGAGACUGGCUGGGACAUCGUGGGCGAUGCCAUCGUCUACUAUUGCGAUGCCCGCGACAACACCAGCGCUGGGUACGCCGAGUUCGGGACUAACAUCGCAGCCCAAGACUCACAGGGGCCGGUUUGCGUCGGGAAGACCUGCACGAUUGGUCUGCCGAGCCAGCGCGGAAUUGAGCACGACUGCGCUGGGAAAACCACUCUGGAGACCUGCACUAUCACGGCAAGCUUCGGUUUUGCCAUGCCAGCAGCCAACUUGACAUGCACUGUAGAGGGCUCUUUCGCCGGCGUGGUGCCAGAGGCAGCAGAGGCGACCUGUCCAACGCCGGACUUCGGCAGUGGCACCGGAAGCACCUGCGCCGGUCGAGCGAUAGGCGAAGAGUGCUAUGCUUACUGUCUGAGUGGUUUUGCUGGGUCUCCGCAGUUGUACACGUGCGUUGCAAAUGCCACGACCGGGAUCAUCGACGUGCGGCCAAGUGCUGCCGACAUCUCCUGCACGCCCGAGGCCGACCGACGAUUGUCGCUGACGGCAGCAAGGCGUUUGUUAACGCCCUGUGAUGGAGCCUCCAUGACUAACUUUGGCCUGCAUUCGGCAGAAUUUGUGCACAGCUGCGAUGCGGUGGUGCAUGACGACGUGUGCAUCAGCCAUUGUGGCCGUGGCUAUGAGAUGAGCGGCGACCCAACCGUGCUGGUCUGUGACAAUGGGACCCUCACCGGUGGAGCCUUGCCGACUUGUACACCCUUGCCGUGCAUCUAUGGUGUGCCGAGUGCACUCGGUGUUGAACACGACUGCCACAAUGUCACGACGGGUGGCAACUGCACAGCAGCUUGCACGGUGGAGGGCUUCGAGUAUGCAUCUGGUGGAGCCGAGCAGUUCAAGUGUGAGGCGACAGGAGAAUUCAACGGCACCGUUCCGUCCUGUCAGCGGGUUACCUGCUCCGACCUCGACUUGGCCUCCCGAUUUUCGCACAACUGUGUCGGCAUGGCUUUCCAGGACACCUGCGGUGUCAGUUGCGCCAAGGGCUGGACCUUGCAAGGCUUUGGAUCCCAGUUUGAGUGCCGGGCCCAUGGCAACAUCACCGGCAUUCUGCCCAAUUGCGUCGGCAACCCUUGUGAGAACACCAUCCCACAGGAUCAGGCAUUCUCGGGUGAGGACUGUGAUGGCCUGACUACCGGCCUCACUUGUGAGGUGACCUGCAAACCGGGAAGCACCCCCAACUCGGCCACGAUGAGUUGCGACGUCAGUGGACACCUGCACGGCACCCUCCCGAUUUGCAGACCCGCUCUUUGUCCAGCCAGCACGGCUUUGGAGGAUCCGUCGCUGGAGCACAACUGUCAGGAUGUCCCUUUCGGACGGAGCUGCAGCGUCUUCUGUGCGGAGGGGUAUCAGCUCAAUGGAACUGAUUCCGGGGAGGUCUGGGACUGUGUUCUCGAUGGUUCCGGUCAGCCGAUCCUUUCAGGUGCGAUCCCACCUUGUGAGCGAAUUACUUGCGCCAGCCUGAGCCAAAGCGAUGUGUUGGUGGACAACUGCACGAGCAUCCCAGCCGGCUCGUGGGGCCCCCAGGUUCAUGGCUUUUUGGGGUGCAGGAACUCCGCGUUUUAG